AUGGCGCCUUCGUCGCUGAAGUGGACGCUCUUGUGCGCGUUGCCAUGGACGCUGGCAUCCCCUGCCUCUUAUAAUGUUCACCAUGCUCGCGAUUCCGACGCCCAGGCCUUUUCGCCGCCAUACUACCCGACACCCCACGGAGGAUGGAUUGCAGACUGGGCGGAGGCCUACGAGAAGGCCUCCCAGUUGGUCCGCAAUAUGACCCUGGCGGAGAAGGUGAACCUCACCACCGGCACAGGCAUGUACAUGGGUCCUUGUGCCGGCCAGACGGGCAGUGUACCGCGUUUUGGUAUCCCCAAUCUUUGUAUGCAUGACGGCCCGCUGGGGGUGCGCAACACCGACCAUAAUACGGCAUUUCCCCCCGGAAUUACUGUCGGGGCCACCUUUGACAAAGACCUGAUGCGCAGUCGCGGUGUCGCCCUGGGCGAGGAAGGCAGAGGGAAGGGAGUCAAUGUGCUCCUGGGGCCGUCUGUUGGCCCCAUCGGCCGCAAGCCACGCGGAGGACGCAACUGGGAGGGCUUUGGUGCCGACCCCAGUCUGCAGGCGAUUGCAGGCAGCCUGACAAUCGAGGGCAUGCAGAGCACGGGUCUGAUUGCCUGUAUAAAGCACUUCAUUGCCAAUGAGCAGGAAAUGCACCGCAUGAGCAGCGUUGUCACUCAGGGAUACUCCUCCAACGUUGAUGAUCGCACCUUGCAUGAGCUGUACCUGUGGCCCUUUGCUGAGGGUGUGCGUGCUGGUGUUGGCUCUCUCAUGGCUGCCUAUAAUGAUGUCAACAACUCCGCUUCCAGCCAAAACAGCAAGAUGCUGAAUGAUAUCCUCAAGGACGAACUGGGCUUCCAGGGCUUUGUGAUGUCCGACUGGUUUGGUAACUACGGCGGCGUCUCAGCCGCCCUGGCUGGCCUCGACGUGAGCAUGCCGGGCGAUGGUGCCAUCCCUCUCCUUGGUGACAGUUACUGGGGAUCGGAGCUGUCUCGCUCCAUCCUCAAUGGAACUGUGCCGGUAGACCGUCUUAAUGACAUGGCCACCCGGAUCCUCGCCUCUUGGUACAAAAUGGGCCAGGACCAGGACUACCCUCUGCCGAACUUCUCUGCAAAUACGGAGGAUGCAGAGGGUCCGCUCUAUCCCGGCGCUGUCUUCUCUCCGAAGGGCGUGGUGAACAAGUUCGUCAACGUACAAGGGGACCACAACGUCACGGCGCGUGCCAUUGCUCGUGACGCUAUCACGCUGCUGAAAAAUAAUAACAACAUCCUCCCGCUGCACCGCAACGAUUCUCUCAAGAUCUUCGGCACAGACGCAGGCACCAACCCGGAUGGCAUCAACUCUUGCAGUGACAAGGGCUGCAACAAGGGUGUCCUGACGAUGGGCUGGGGCAGCGGCUCCUCAAAACUGCCCUACCUUGUCACCCCGCAGGAAGCUAUUGCCAAUAUCUCGUCGCACGCUGAGUUCCACAUCACAGACAGCUUCCCCUCGGACGUAUCCGCUGGCCCCAACGACAUCGCCAUCGUCUUCAUCAACUCCGACUCCGGCGAAAACUACAUCACCGUGGAGGGCAAUCCCGGUGACCGCACCUCGGCCGGACUCAACGCCUGGCACAACGGCGACGAUCUAGUGAAAGCCGCGGCCGAAAAGUUCAGACAAGUCGUGGUCGUCUACCACACCGUCGGCCCCGUCCUGAUGGAAGAGUGGAUCGAUCUGGAGCCGGUGAAGGCCGUCCUCGUGGCACACCUACCGGGCCAGGAGGCCGGCUGGUCUCUGACCGACGUCCUCUUCGGCGACUACAGCCCCAGCGGCCACCUCCCAUACACCAUCCCGCGCAGCGAGUCCGACUACCCAGACAGCGUCAGCCUGAUCCAACAGCCCUUUGGUCGCAUCCAGGACGACUACACCGAAGGACUCUACAUCGACUACCGCCACUUCGCAAAGGCGGGCAUCACGCCGCGCUUCCCCUUCGGCUACGGUCUGUCAUACACCAACUUCAACUUCUCCCGUGCCAGCAUCUCCGCGCAAUCUUCCCUGGACACGGCGUACCCGGCGCCGCGAUCCCCCAAGGGCUCCACCCCGGAGUACUCCACCGCCAUCCCGCCGGCGGCGGAGGCCGCCUGGCCGAAGAACUUCAACCGCAUCUGGCGCUACCUCUACCCAUACCUGGACAACCCGGAGGGCGCCCGCGCCAACAGCUCCCGGAAAUACCCCUACCCAGAUGGGUACAGCACGGUGCAGAAGCCCGGCCCGCGCGCCGGCGGCGGAGAGGGCGGCAACCCCGCGCUCUUCGACGUGGCCUUCUCCGUGCAGGUACAGGUGACGAACACGGGGGCUCGCAAGGGCCGUGCUGUCGCGCAGCUGUAUGUUGAGCUCCCUGAUAGCUUGGGCGUGGACACCCCGUCGCGCCAACUGCGGCAGUUCGAGAAGACGAAGAUUUUGGCGCCCGGUGAGAGCCAGGUGCUGACGAUGGAGAUCACCCGGAAGGAUCUGAGUGUGUGGGAUGUUGUGGCGCAGGAUUGGAAGGCGCCGGUCAAUGGGGAGGGCGUGAAGAUGUGGAUUGGUGAGAGUGUCGCUGAUAUGCGCGUGCUUUGCACGGUUGGUGAGGGGUGUUCCACCCUGUGA